AUGAACACUACCUCGCCGAAAUCGUCGCUGGCCAAGCUGGGUCUGCACCCGAAGCCGAAACCAUUCCGCGUGAUGGUGCUCGGCCAGAGUGGUGUCGGGAAAACAGCGAUGGUGGUUCGGUUUAUUACGAAGCGCUUUAUCGGCGAGUACGAUCCGAACCUGGAGAAAGUGUACACCUUCAACACCCUGAUCGACAACGAGUUCGUCCUGUUCGAGAUACUGGACGCCGCUGGUCAGCCAAACGAGGCAGACUGCUUGACGCUGGAGGCCAACAUCCGCUGGGCGGAGGCGUUCAUCCUCAUGUACUCGGUCGCGGACAAGUGCAGCUUCGACGAGUGCAACCGGCUCAAGUUCCUCAUCAACUACAACAAACGGCGCCGUCGGCUGGGUUCCUAUAACAAGGACCCCCUGCUGGACGUGCCAGUCAUCCUGGUGGGCAACAAGAUCGACCAAACAGGCGACCGAAUGGUCAGCACCGAGGAUGGCCAACGGCGCGCAAAAGAGAUCUCCUGCGCCUGCUUCCACGAGGUAUCGGUGCGUGAAAGCAUCGAACAGGUGAAUGGCGUGUUUCGGGACGCGUGCCGCUUCUGGCGUGUCCUUUCGCGCUACCCAAAGCUCAAACGUUCCACCAGCGACGUGCACGAUCUUCACUCGGAAGUCGAGCUCAUCCUCAGCCCGGACAGCGUGCACCCGUUCUGCAACUGUGAUCUCAGCCACGAGAAGCGCCAGUCCAUCGUUAUACUCGGUAAGCCGCACUGCAAAAAAAAAGGUCGAAAGGAGGAACCAGACGAGACGGAUGAGUCCGAAUCGAGCUGCUGCUCGUCACAAAAGUCCGACAUCGAUGAACCAUUCCGCGGACGGGCCUCAACCGAUGGCACGCUGCUCUCUAGACCGCGACGAUGGCGAUUCGCACCCCCGGGUUCGCUGAUGCCGCACGUGGGCCGUGUCGAACGCCGCAUGAGCAUCUCGAUGCGAGGCAGCAACGCCAGCUACUGAGCAUCGAACAUCGGAGGUCCUGCGACGAUCCUGAACGAUCCCGCGUAUGCUUUAAGGCACGGACGCGCCAUUGUGAUUCCGUUUACUUUUGUACUUUCGCGUUAGUGACGACAACCGUGCACACCCGCUGAACUGAUGCCUUCGCGCAGCGCCACCAAAGACAGGUAUUCUAGGUAUUUUUCGGACGCUAGGGUAGUAGCUAAAGGACUAUUUUUUUAACGUAAUGCCAAACCAGCCGCAACACGAACGGUGUGAAGGAGAGAAAAACUCCCGCCCAAAACGAAUG